AACGCCGGAAAUUCAAAGAAGACGAAGUGAGCGAAACUCAAACGAAUCAGUUGGUAAUUUACUGUCAACAGGAACUUUAAGUGGAUUGUUUUUGUGUUUAUUCGACCGCUCAAACUGCGAACAUAUGUAUAUAUAUAUACGUGCAUUGUGCUGUCGACAGACUCGCGCUCCCAUCACGUCAACGUAAUUAACGUCAACGUAAAACUAACGUUACGCCGACUGGAAUCCCAAGAAGACAUCCUAAGGGGCGAGUUAGCGUGAGGCUAACGAGGCUGACGGUAACAAUGAGUGCCAGCCGCCGUGUGACGUCUACAAGCGGCAGGUGCAAAGCCUCCGUGAGCCGGAGCAAGGAGCACCCAGCGCCCAGAGGUGCCAGCAAGGUGCUGGCCGAGAGGAACCAGGCGGUGGUGGCGGUGGGAGCCUGGGUGGAGGGCGGGCAAGACUCCGUGGAGCACCCGUGGGCUCUGGCUUCGCUAACUGAGGAGAUCCAGUCAGAGAAGAGGAGGGAGACUGAAGAGGGUCUUCAGCGAUUUCAAGAUGAAGUACGCCAUCGUGUGGCACAACAAGCUCAAGUCAGCAAGAAGAGGCAGCAGCAUCAGAAAGACUCCAUGGUAAAACCUGACAGGAGAACCCCACAACAGCAGCAUCAGGUCCGGACCCAGCAUGUGUCUGCUGGGGAGAGGCCGAUGUCUGCGGGAGGUGCUGCACAACAGAGGGUGACUGAGAGGAGCACUCACCAGUCUAGAGGAGGCGUGAGGCAGGUCCGACUCAGACUGGCCGCCUGUCGGAUGGUCCCGCAUGGGGAAAUGAUGUCAGACCUUUCCGGAGGCGAAUGGAACAUCUCUCCAAGCAGACAUAAAGCUGGAACUUCCGUGCUAAAACCAGACCAAGAAGUCGAAGAGCAGCACCAGGAGGAGGAGGAGGAGGACGAGGAGGAGGAUGUUCAGGAAGAAGAAGAAGAGGAGGAUGAUUAUCUCUUCACUAGUCAACAUGAAUGUCCCCUCGUUCAGCAGAAGGUGAAUGGACCGAUGCUGUGGGAUUCUGAGAAAUCACAGCCUCCUGCUUUCAAGUCCAUUGUCAGAGUCCCACAGGCCCUGUGGCCGCUGACUGACCAAGAGGAACUGAAAAGACAGCAUCAGUCUCAGUUCCUGAUGCACCGCCGUCUGUACAUGAACAUCGAGAGAGAGCAAGUGAAGGAGAACAAACGGAACAGGAAACACCUGAAGAGGACGUCAAGGUUCAAAGCCGAGAAAGAACAGAUCCGUCUGGAGGAAGAGAGGAAGUUGGACAGAGUUCGGUGGCUCGCGGAGGCCAGACAGAAGCUGGAGGAGCGAGAGCUGCUGAUUCAGGAGCGUCUGAAGCUUGAGGAGGAGGAGAGAGCUGUGCAGCUGCAGAGAAGGAAAAGAGAGGAGAAAGGGAAAGUAGCUUCAAGGUUCAUUGAGGCUCUCAGAGCUCAGUUGAAGGAGCGACUGUCUCAGGAGAAGCCGGAGAAGCCGGAGCCGCCUCCCCUCUGCUGCUGCGCAUCAUCUUUCUGGGACUCCCACCCCGACACCUGUGCCAACAACUGUGUGUUCUACAACAAUCCCAAAGCGUAUGCAAAGGCGUUACGUUCAACAAUGUUGAGUUUGGAGUUGCAGUAGAGGAAGCUGAUGAACUGAACUUCCUCCUGUGUGUUUCAACAUUUUGGGAAAUCCAGGGCAAACCGGAGUCAGAUGAGAAGAUUGAUAUCAGUUUUGUUGUCCUUGUUGCAUAUGUAUGUGUAAAUAUGAGAUGGAUUGCAAUGAUAAAUCGUUUAGGCAUUCGUGUUUUCCACAAGGCAAAUGCAACUGACUUUAGGUGCCACCACGGGACCCAAUAUCUCAACAUCUACCGGAUGGUUUGCCACAACAUUUACCUACACUAUUCAUGACAACAGAUACUGUAAGAGUCCAAUAUAUCUUUAUUUAUAGAUAAAUGCAGAUGCAUUUACCAAUGUUCAGCUUCAACCAUAUUUAUUUUGAUGAGGAUUUAAACUCAUCUACAAUGACUAAUUAUUAUUUACUUUUUUACAGUUUUUAAGUUUUGUUUAUUACAUCUAUUUAAAAUGUCAUACACAUGUACUUCACAAGAAUUUGAUUUUAGUACUUGUUAUUGAUAAGAAAAAUCUAUACGUUAGCACACUUUCUACGCAGUUAUGAUUAGUAAAUCAUCAGGUAAGUCAGUCAGCACAUGUGAAAACUAUGAAUCUGUACUGGAGGCCAUGUCGACGUUCUUCAGGGCUGUGCUUAAAACAUUUAAUUAAAAUGUAUUUUUUUAUUUGAUGGCACUUACUAUUUAUUCUUAAUAACAACAAGUGUGUAAUCUUUCAUACAGUGAUCUCUUCUUGCGUUAGACACAUUUUUAUUUUACGAUGGACUACUCUUGGGAUGCGUACAUUUUGUUAUUUGAAUGGUCGUAGUCUUGGCAAUAUUUAGAUAUGUUGAGGGUGUCAAAGUUGUCUAUAUUCUCUAUGUAUUACACUGGUAUCCUUGUAGAUCAUUUUAAUUUGACUGAGCUCGGUGAACAUCAACUCUGCUUUGAUUUUGGUCUUUUAUGGUCGGGAAGUAAUUUAAUUGACAGUCUUAACUGAAUUAUUCAAUUCAAUUCAAUUCAGUUUAUUUUGUAUAGACCAAUAUCACAAAUUACAAAUGUUCCUCAGAGGGCUUUACAAUCUGUACACAUACGACAUCCCUGUCCCAGGACCUCACAUCGGAUCAGGAAAAACUCCCCAAAAAUAGAAAAAACCAAUGUGUUUCUAUUAUUUUGUCCACCCUAUUUAUAUCAAGUAGGGUCAGCUGAAUAACAAAAACCUCUGUAUAAUACAAUUCAACAAAAAAAAUGUUUCUGAUGAAUUGAAAGAUGAAAUGCUCCUUUAUGUAUUACGAAAUAUCUUGUAUCAUCUGAUAAUUGUAUAGAAUAUGAAGCAUUAGUGUAGAUUAAACCACCCAGCAGCCAUGUGGCAUACAAUUUAAUGCAGCAGUAAUAUUAAUCCAGAAAAGUCAUAUAUAAUAAUAAUAAUAAAACACUGUCAGGGAACAUUUAAACAUAGUUCAGCAGCAGAAGACGUGCUUUUCCCAAUGGUGGAAGAAGUACUCAAAUCUUUUACUUGAAUCAGAAUAUAUCCACACCAUAGUCAAGUGGUUGCUAUAGUAAAAGUACAAACGGUUAGCAUCAACAUAUACUAAAAGUACUCAUUGUGCAGAAUGGGUGAUUUCAGAAUAAUAUAUAUAUUAUAUUAUUGUGUUCACUACUUUAAUGUUGCAGCUGGUAAAGGUGGAGAUCAUAUUAAUUAAUUGAUAUAUCCUGGGUAGGUUAAUCCACAAUAAUACAUCAUAAUUUAUUUGUCAAUGUUAUGAUUUAUAUGAUACGUGAGUUAGAUUUGAUAUUAAUCUAAAUCUGCCCAGUAACUAAAGCUGUCAGAUAAAUGUACAACGUGCAAUAUUUGACUGAACUGUAGUAUAAAGAAAUACUCAAGUACAAGUAAAUAUACUGAGUCACCUUCGA